CCCGGGCUCCGCGGGCGGGCGUAGGUUCUGGAAACCAACCGUAGCAGGGCUGGCUGGGCCGCUGGGCAGGAGCGCUGGGCUGGGCUGGAGGUGGAGGGAGGAAGUGCCCAGGAGGGCGGUGACAUCACCACCCAGCCCUUGAAAGAUGAGCUGUUCCCUCCACCACUUCAGCUCGGCUCUGGCGGCUCCUAGGAGGACUGAGGACAUCAGGCAGUCCUGCAGGACCGAGGGAGCUCUCGAGGCGCCCACGUGGCUUGCCCUGGGCAAGAGGGGUCCCAGGAGGACAGGAGGUCCCAGGACAAAGAGAGAGCCAGCAGUCAGCCCAGGAGCCUCACUUACAUCCCACCCUGAGUCCAAAUGUUCUCUGCCUGGAAGAGACCCAUGUUCCUGUCUUUUCAUGAGGACCCUGUGCCCACUACAGCCUCUCUCAGCACUGAAAUGUUCAACAGCACCUCGCAAGACCUCAUGCCCACUCUCAAUGGGACCCUGCCCAGUCCCUGCGUCUACUCCGAGUGGUGGAACUGGCUUAACACCAUCCAGGCCCCUUUCCUCUGGGUCCUGUUCAUACUGGCGGCCCUCGAGAACCUCUUCGUCCUCAGCAUCUUCUGCCUCCACAAGAGUAGCUGCACGGUGGCUGAGAUCUACCUGGGCAACCUGGCCCUGGCAGACCUGAUCCUGGCCUCCGGGCUGCCCUUCUGGGCCAUCACCAUCGCCAACAACUUCGACUGGCUCUUCGGGGAGGUGCUGUGCCGCGUGGUGAACACCAUGCUCUACAUGAACCUCUACAGCAGCAUCUGCUUCCUGAUGCUGGUGAGCAUCGACCGCUACCUGGCCCUGGUGAAAACCAUGUCCAUGGGCCGGAUGCGCGGGGUACGCUGGGCCAAGCUCUACAGCCUGGUGAUCUGGGGGUGCACGCUGCUCCUGAGCUCGCCCAUGCUGGCCUUCCGGACCAUGAAGGAGUACAGAGACGAGGGCUACAACGUCACCGCCUGCGUCAUCAUCUACCCAUCCCGCACCUGGGAAGUGUUCACCAACGUCCUCCUGAACUUCGUGGGCUUCCUGCUGCCCCUGACCGUCAUCACCUUCUGCACGGUGCAGAUUAUGCAGGUGCUGCGGAACAACGAGAUGCAGAAGUUCAAGGAGAUCCAGACGGAGAGGAAGGCCACGAUUCUGGUCCUGGCCGUGCUGCUGCUCUUCGUCAUCUGCUGGCUGCCCUUCCAGAUCAGCACCUUCCUGGACACGCUGCUGCGCCUCAACAUCCUGUCGGGCUGCCAGCAUGAGCACCUGGUGGACGUCUUCACGCAGAUCGCCUCCUAUGUGGCCUACAGCAACAGCUGCCUCAACCCACUGGUGUACGUGAUCGUGGGCAAGCGCUUCCGCAAGAAGUCCCGGGAGGUGUUCCGGGGACUGUGCCAGAAAGGGGGCUGCGUCCUGGAGUCCAACAAGAUGGACAACUCCAUGGGCACCCUGCGGACCUCCGUCUCGGUGGAGCGCCAGAUUCACAAACUGCCCGAGUGGGCGGAGAACAGCCAGUGAGGGGCCGCGGCCGCCAGGACCACGGUUCGUGUGUGCAAGGACCAAGGGACAGCAGAGCUUCAGGAUAUGCCUGACGAGGAAUGGCAGGCAGGCCACGUGUGUGGCCUCGGCCAGUAAGUCGAUGUCUCUGGUAAAACCCAGGAGCUUGGCUCCUGUCCCGCGCAAGCUGCAGGGGGGCCAGGCCGGGAGGGUGGGGUGGCCUCACACCCAGCCAAGGGGCCCCAUAAACACGACAGUAUUAUUGUCCUCAUUUGCCACCGCCUCUGGGCCAGUCUGCAUCUUUCCAGGAGUGGAAGGGGCCUGGGGACAGGGACAGGAGUGACUGAGCUUCCCUCUCACGUGCUGUCCCACCCUGCCCCAGCGGGUCAGCUCCCACCUCCAGGAGAAGCGCCACCCCCGACUUCGGGGCUGCGGCUGAGUAAACAGACCAGGCCUGGCUGGCGUUUGGCCUCAGGUCUCUUCGAUCUCCUCAGCUGGGACUGUGGAGGAUGGUUUCUCAGAUUACUGAAGGUUUAACUCUGAGGGAUCCCUGGUAAGAACCCAGAGGCCAGGAUUCCAUCACUUCCCCCGCCCGUGGACCAGACAGCGUGUGCCAAGGAACCUGGUAAGCACCUACCUGGCACCUGCUGCUCAUGCAGCAUCGAGCACCACAGGCAUGAGGGAAGGAAAACAGAAUAUAAUCCCUGUCUUGAAGGAACCUGCAAACUCCAACGGGGAUGAUGGGGCACUUACAACCACCGGAAGGCUGUUCUGUGACCGACUCGGUCAAGCAAGGCACUGCGGGCGGUGCAGAGGAGAGGGGAGAGGAGCCUGAUGCCCGCAGCCCAUAACUAGUGGCGCAUUGCUUUGUCCCCACCUGUUUCAUCCUCUGUACCUCCAGGGUGUUGUGAGGAUUGAGAGAGGUAAUAACAGACAAAGCAGUCCUUUGAAGGAAGGAGAGGUGCUCCAUGAAUGUGUGGCUUUAUCACACAGAACGGAAGUAAACUGUAAAGCCACAGCUUUGUAGCUAAUGGUUGUGUAAAGCACCCAUCCGUGUCUGCCAUAUAAUAGGUGCUCAAUAACUGCCUCCCCCCUUCCCUUCCCGUACUGUCUCCCCUCGCCCCGCCCCGCCCCCACAUACACACACAAGCAAUUUGGGGGCAGGCCACCCCUUCAGUGUUUGCUUUGCGAUGACCCGGAGAGACUUCUGAUUGAACUUAUCCAGGGAUCACCUGCUCAGACCCUCACUGGGGGGUGGAAGGGAAUCAGAAGGAGGCCAGCCUGCGCACCAUUGUUCCUAUGUCAGCAGUCAAGGGCACCAACCAAUGGUUUAUUUGAAGGUGGCUCAGUGGGGGCCACUCGAGGGCAGCAGGCCGAUGAUUUGGCCCCAAGGUCACUGACCCCAAAGCACUGGGCCUGGGGACCAAGCUCCCCUAGCACUGGGCCUGGGGACCUAGCACCCCAUGGGUGUCGGCGGCAGCCCUGGCUCAGGAAGGCAGCCUGGGUGCAGGCAGGUGUGGCAGUGAGGAAGCUCUGGGGAGGGCCCCACACCCUGAACAACAGAACUGACAGGUACAAAGCUGAACAAAGGGAGAAUGCUGUCCCCAGGGGGCCAGCAGCCAGCACUGCGGGGGGGCGGGGCUUUACCUGCGGUGGGCAGAGCGGCUGCCAGGUGUCAGGCCGCAGGAAGGGACCCUCAUCCUGGCCCAGAGCUCUAAGAGACAGCCCUAUGCCCGACCCCCAGUUCCUCCAGGGAGGAUUCAUUUCUGUUUUCCUACCUGUUUCACAAUCAGUCUCCUGGGCCAGCCCCAAGCCCCAAGCCCCAAGGGGAGAAUGGAGAAGGCACCAGCCAGGCUCCGACAUCAGGUGGUGUAGAGGCAAGGCAGGGAGCUCAGUAGCAGAGGAGUUCAGCAGCUCCCAGGCUGGUAAGGUAGGCAGCACCCAGCUGCUCAUUCGUUCAAUAAAAAAGUAAAAUAAACAAAAAAGUUAUUUCUUAGCAGAGUGUCUCUGGAGAAGACGGAAACCCAAAGGACCGGGAAAUUUGGGAUGGCAAACAGCCUAGAAAUCCUCAUCAAGCCAGCUCUAGGUUUUAAAACAAAAAGGAUUCCCAGCUUUUGUAAACCCCCCCCACCCUCACCCCACCACACACCCCUCUAGGUCCCAGUAAACAUCCACACUUGUAGCUGGAGAAAGAAAACAGUUGAGUACGAAGUAGCAAUGGUUUAGUACUUGAAGUUACCCGAAGUUACUCGUGCCCAUACUGCCAGGGUGGAAUAAAAAGGAGGCUGCGCUUUGCAUCUUUGCAAAUGUGUGGCGCUCAUCCAUCAGCUGGUGUGUGGCCGCGUGUAAAGGCCUUCCCAGAGCAGAGCUGCCUCACAGCUCUGGGCACCUAGUGGUCCCUUAGGGGUCCUCUCGGGGUCUGCAGGAGGGCAGCCGCCCUGUGGGUUGUGUUGACACUGUGAUAAAGAACAUCUGUCCUGUGAAAAAACUCGAAGAGCCGUUACAUUGUAAAGAGGGAGCAUUUCGCAAACAGUGAGAAAUGGGUGAAAUGUGGAAACGUGUCUUUGCCAUACAGCUUAAUAAAUGGAUGAGGAGUUUUUUGCA